AUGAUCACCAUCAUCUCUCUGCUCCUGUUGGGCUCUCUGCUGCCAAACCUGAGCUUCACUGCCAGUGUCAAGGUGCGUAUAGUGAAUGGCUUUGAAGCACGACCUCACUCCAGACCUUACAUGGUUUCUGUUCAGAAGAAUAGGAGACACGUUUGUGGAGGAUUCCUUAUUUCUGAUCAGUUUGUCUUGACUGCUGCACACUGCAGAGAUAACACUGAGAUUCUGACAGUUGUGGCAGGUGUACAUGACUUAUCAAGCAGCAGUGAAAACCAUGUCCGCAUUGGUGUGAGUACCUAUAACAAGCCUCCAGAAUACAACCCUGAUCCGAAAAAACCUAAAAUAUCCGACCUGAUGAUUCUGAAGCUGAAUAAAAAAGUCAAACUAAACAACAAGAUCAAGACGAUUCCCAUACCAAUGACACCUGUACAGAUCAGAGUGGACACUGAUUGCAGUGUUGCAGGCUGGGGGUUUGUGACGAAUAGCGGUCCUCCAAGUCCGACCCUCAGAGAGGCAAACGUGAAAAUUAUAAAGAACACGGACUGUGCUGGAGGAUCCUGUGACGGGGAUUCAGGAGGUCCUUUGGUUUGUGACAACACUGCGGUGGGCAUUACAGCCUUUGUAAGCUUCAAGAGCUGCAACGAUCCAAAUCUACCCUCACCCCAUGGCGUCAAUAUUUGACGCCACUUGACCAUGCGUCAAUAUGUUACGCGGAGGGUAUACCCUUCGCGUCAUUUUUUGACGAACUGGGGACUUCAAUACUAUUGAGUCCGUUGCAUUCUCUUUCCUAUUUUCGUACCAUUUUCUUACCAUUUUCGCGUCGGUUUAGGGUUAGAUUUACAUAAUGACAUCCCUACCCAAACCUAUCCCUAACCCCAAUGUCAGGCGACAACUGUUUAAUUUCGCGUACCUAAUAGUAUUGAAGUCCCCAGUUCGUCAAAAAAUGACGCGAAGGGUAUACCCUCCG